AUGGCAAGCGCAGCUGAAAUCCUUCUCGCACCUUUCCCUGGUGAAACCCUCUCUGUCCCUUAUUUCGGUUACGAACCGGUCAGCAUGCUCAUGGAUCGUGCGAAGAAUUUGCUACGCUCAAAGUACUUCAUUCACAGCACAGCAAUUCACUUCAAUGGCGUUGGCAUUGUUGACACCAAAAAGACGAUCGAUGAGUGUAAAGUGUACGGCAAUUUGAUCACGCUGAACUUUAUGCAUGAACCAGCACCUCCUGUGGGCCGUCCAAGUCCUAUUCCUGGCGAGCAAAAGUUCUACAUCUUGAUCAGCAGUGGUUCGGGAAGGUUGUAUAAAGUCGCUGUUUCCAAAUCAAACACCGGUGAGGACAUCAAAUGGAAAAUGUAUCAACGCGUGGGCAUUGGAUACUACAGCCAGCGAUUGAUUUUCAAAGGCCAAGCACUUGGUGGAAGGCGUCUUGUCGACUACGGCAUUGAAGAUGGCUCAAUGGUUGAUAUGAUGAUAGAGCAACGAGGUGGUGGAUCGUUGUUUGCUGAUGUCGAGCAUGGCCAUAUGGAUCGCGUGGUUUUCUCGGAUGAUGCCCCUGAAGGACGUACUGUAUGUGAAGGCAUGAAUAUUGAGGUGAAUUGCAAAUGCACUCCCGAUUACCAUGUUAUCUGCAUGCAGGGUUAUGGACUAUACGAGUUGGAUAAGGAUGUCCUUGAUUGCCCUCUUUGCCAUAGCGAAAAUGUUGAUCCUGUCACGGUUGGCUUCCACCAAUGCGAAUAUCGCACGCAUGGGCUCAAAUCAAACGGCAUUCAGCAUUCAUCAGAUUGGAUAACCAUCGACAAUGAUGACUACAACGUCUUUGAUGGAGAUGAUCAGGCCGAAUGGGAUCGAUUGGCAAUCCAAACGCGACCUUUGAAGAAAGGCUACUACAAGGAAUUCUGCCUUGUGUGCUUGUGUCCUUUUGACGAUGAUUACACAACUCCCAAAAACUGCAAGCAUCGUUUCCAUGGCAAUUGUAUCAGCAACUGGCACGGUGAAUGUCCUUUGUGUCGAGCUAGUCGUUUGUAG